AUGCGUAAACGAGUGCAUAUUGAUAUAGUCCCAAAAACCCCAGGAGGAGAACAUAUAGACCCCCAACAAAUUUCUGCUGAUGAAAUUGAGUUUGACUCAGAAAUAACAAUAAAAUCAUCGUUGCUGCGUGAAUGUAAGCCAGGCAAUAUUUGGUUUGAGGAAGGUGAUCCAGAUGAUGAUGAUUACAAGCCAAAAUUCAUUGCUCGUAAGUCUAUGGACCUUCGUAAAAUACGUUCGGAGAAGGAUAGGUUCCAAGCCAUCUGCUCUAGCCCUAUGGUGGAUUCUCGACCUCGAAGACUAAGUUACUCCAAAUCUUUUAGUGAAGGUGUGUUGGGUCCUAGUGAUUCUAAAACUCCAUUGCGUUUGCCUAAAUAUGAUGAUCUUGUCUCGUCAGCAUCCCGUCGCCUAUCUCGUAUAAUAAUCAACCGUCGGUUUUCUUUGUUGGAACCAAACCAAAAUAACCCAUCUGUUGGAGGUUCGCAGUUCAAAAACCUAACCCCUAUCACCAGGCACCAAAAACAAAGUGUCAACAAAGAAAAUCCAACAACUUCAGAAGAUAAGGAAAAUAUUGAACUACCAAACCACGAUAUCGUAACAGCUACUCCUGUAUCAAAAGUAGUAUGUGAUGUUGUUCCAAACACUUCCAUUCAUGACCCGUGUUCUAUCUCCGAAUUUCGUGUGCUUGCGGAUAUGGAAACUGCGCGACUACUUGCAUUAUGCGGAGAUUGGGAUUGUGUAGUAUCUGAGGAAUGUGACAGUAUCCCAGAAAAAGCACUUGACUCUAUCAGGGCAACUGUGGGGAAAUGUCGAUUAUUGUUACAGAAUAAGUUGUCAUUUUUCAAAAGCCUUAUUACAAUGGCAGAGAAAAGCCUUGAAAAGUCAGAUACACCGUCAAAUAGUACUACAGCACCAGAAACCAGCAUAAACGAUCUCUUAGGCUAUUGGGCAUUGGUAGCUGAUGAAAUCAGCUUAUGCGAUAAUGCUUUCGAACGUCUACGCGUUUGGCGUGAUGAGUUACAUUGGUCAAUUGAACAAUAUCCUGUCACUCCUGCCAGAUCGCAAAUUGUUAAACGACGUGGUCGUCCAUCUAAACAAAUAAAACGUUUACCAACUCCAAAGAAUAAUAAAUCCAGAAAGUCUCAAUCUGCCAGUGAUGAGGUUGUGAAUACAGAUAAUGUGAACUCUUCACUUUCAAAGAAGAUAGGUUCGACUGUUAAAGCAAUUAAGGAUAUACAGAAAAAUCCUGUCAGGUCUAGAUUUGCUGAGUUUAUACGAGCUAAGAAAGCAGCAAAUGCAAAAGCAACACCGACUAAAAAUGAUCAACAUCAAAGUGAAACUAUUAUCGAUACACUCUCUCCUCUUGGCUUACAUCCAGUCAAUAGGAAAUCUAUUAUUCAUAAAUAA